AUGUCUGCAGCAAAGCCUAAGCCAAAGACUGGUACUUCCUCAGUUUCAAAAGUCACAUCAAAAAAUACCGUUACAACUUCGAAAACAAGUAGUGUAGGAGCUUCAUCAUCAAAAUCUCAUUCACUUGGAAGUGUAAAACCAGAAAAACAGUUACACAUCACAGCCUCCGUUGUCAAAGACUCUGCCAUUACACCAUCGACAACUGUGAAACCAAGUAAAUUCUAUUUUUCUUGUCGAAACAACGACAUCGAUUCAGUUACUUCAUUACUAUCAACACUUACGCUCGGAGAAAUUAAUCAAAUUGAACCAAAUGGAUCCACAGCUCUACAUGCUGCUGCUUACUAUGGAAAUAAGGAAGUAGUCAAAUUGCUUUUAUCGAAAGGUGCUCAACGCAUGAUUAAAAAUGUUCAUGGUUGCACACCGUAUGAUGAAGCUAAAACAGAAGAUAUAAAAAAGUUAUUUCAACGUAUGGAAAGAGCUGAAGCGGAAUCCAGAAGUCGAUUUGCUGGUGUAAAAGGUCCAUCAUAUGAAUGGAUCUUCGUCAAAAGUGAUCCUUCGAGUUAUGCUUCAUUCAAUCGUGAAAGUUUAUGGAAGUGUCAAAAUGACGAAGAAUUUGAUCGUUUAUGCCGUGGAAUUCAGCAGUACUAUAUCAAUGAGAAUGGACCGUUGGCCGAUGUAAAACAUAUUGAAUCAGUUCGUUUGUUUAUUGAUACAGCAAUUAAAAACAAUGAUCCAACGCAGGUUGUUCGUGCUUAUACAGCAGAGAGUGGCUUUUACCAUCGAGUUAACACAGACCUCGCCCAAAUGCCAACUCAUUGGUCUGGAACUAAACAUGAACGAAAUAUUGCAUCAAUAAUGCUGUUUCAUCCUGUGUUUCAAAGCUUUUCAUUUACAGGUGAAACUUACCGUGGAAUGAUCAUGUCAUUAGAAGAUCUGCAGGACUAUGUCGUUGAUUCCGUAUUUAUGAAUAAGACAUUUCUGAGUACAUCAAAAGAACGAACACGAGCUGAGUCCUUUGCUGUAUCAGAUGGAUCAUCUACAGUUUUUGAAGUUGUUUGUAAAUAUUCGAUCAAGCAUACUGGUACAGCUCUAGCUAUUGAAAAUAUCUCGGAAUAUCCUGUUGAGAAAGAAGUUCUUAUACUGCCAUAUGCUUCAUUCAAAGUAAAAAGUAUUCGAAAAUCAAGUGGAAAAGCUAGUGUUUUUACUGAAAUUGAUGUAGAAGAAGAGGAUGAAGUGAAAUGGACAAUGAAAAAAUCGUAUAAGACGUCACACACGCAUACUUCAGUCAAAAAGAAGAUAGUUGGAAACCAAGAUGAUGACAAUGAUGCCUAUAAUAAAAUGUUUAAAGAUUCACAAGAAAAAGGAAAAAUUGAUCCAGCUGAUUUAGCCAAAUGGAAACAAGAAAGUUUUGGAAUUGAUUCUGAAACAGAUACGUAUGCGAAAAUAUGGAAUGAUGCAAAGAAAGGUAAAUUUAGUAAGAGCGAUGUGGCAAAAUGGAAAAAAGAAUGUGGUAUAGUUACAAAAGACGAUGAUUAUAAUGAUUCCGAUUUAGAAAGUUAUGAUGGUGAAAAUAAUCCGAAUGUUUUUACAGCAUCGAAUGAACAGAGUUAUGCUACAACAAAAACAUUCAGUUCAAAACAUCCAUUUGAUAUGAAAGAAUUUACGGCAAAAUUUGAAAAUGAUAGUGAUGAUUAG